GUAGCGGUUUCGUCAAUGCAACUAUUUUUUUUUGGGUUUUUCUGAGAUAUUAAUAUUUUUUUCCUCGCGACUUUUUUUGAUUUUCAUUUUGUGGGAGAGGACGGCAGCUGAGAGUGAAUGAGCGACCCGAUGGCUGUUUUUGCUCAUCCGCAAUACUGAGUUUGAGUGCGGUGUUGGUCUAGACAUAUGACUUCGCUCCGUUGUCUUGGGAAGUUCGAUCAGGAAGAGGGACCGAGAGUCCUAUUUUCACGUGUUGAGCAAACCGGUGACUCAUUUGAGCACGAUGUGCUUGUUUUCAUCACUUCUACCGAGAUGUUUGGUUUUUUUCCUUCUAUACAAAAGAGGCGGUUCGUCUGUGUGCAACUCCAAGAGGACAUGACGGCACCGGCCCUUACGGGUUGCCCCAGCCGGAAUCUCCAAAAUGCCGGCUAUGCCUUGUGGCAAGCCGUGUACUUCCUCCGGGGGUGCACCCGACCCGCCUAGCGGUCGGGUGCUACAAGUGCCUAAGGGGAGUCAACCCGUAUGAUGAAGGCCAACUUUCUAUCCCACAGAAAAAAGCUGGCAGGGCAUAACUGUAAUGCAAACAGAAAGACACAGAAAAAUCUGUCAUGCGCGCCCUCGUGCCAUUCUACUGGAUCUUUAUUUUUGCAUUCCAAAUGUAGCCUGCCAGUAUUUUUCUGUGUGAUACUCUCGCAGGAUGAACGCCGGAUCGCCCGCAAUGCCGCCGCUGCGUCGUCGCCAGACUAACUAGCAGGACAUCGGGGCCGCCCCGCGCUCACGGCGGGGCGUGCCCUUUGUGUAAUGAAUUACGGGCCCCCCGCGCGUCUGCGGCGCGGGCCCGUCAGCUUCGGCGCCUG